AUGGGCCAGAUGUUCUCUACUACUACUGAUGAAGAGCAACAAGAUUUUGUUUCCAGUUUUAAAUGUUUUAAAGAAUCAAAUAUGAAGAACAGACUUAUCCCUGAAGAAACCAUCAGGGAGAUUGAGGUGCACUUGGCCAAAGGAAAUAUUCAGGGGGCGAAUACUGUGAUUACUACUGCAUUAAAAGAAAUCAAUGACAGCCCACUCAACAUUGCUGUGACAGGGGAAUCUGGAUCAGGGAAAUCCAGUUUGAUCAAUGCCCUGAGAGGGGUUGAUCAUGAAUCCAAAGAUGCAGCUCCCACUGGGGUGUGUGAAACAACCAUGGAGAGAAACCCAUACACACAUCCUAACCUUCCCAACGUGACAGUGUGGGACCUACCUGGCAUUGGAACCACCAAUUUCCAACCAAAAGAUUACCUUAAGAAAGUAAAAUUUGUGGAAUAUGACUUCUUUAUUAUUGUUUCUGCCACACGCUUCAGAAAAAAUGAUAUAGACUUUGCCAAAGGGAUCAGAAUUAUGAAAAGGAAUUUCUAUUUUGUGAGAUCCAAGGUGGACAGUGACAUAAGGAAUGAAAAGGAAUUUAAACCAUCCACAUUCGAAGAAAAGAAAGUCUUGCAGACAAUCCGAGAAGACUGUCUGAGUAACUUUAGGAAGAAUAAUAUGAUUGAACCACAGGUCUUCUUGAUCUCUAGCAAGAAUUUAGAUAAGUUUGAUUUCAAAAAUCUAAUGGACACCCUAAUAAAUGAUCUCCCUACUCAAAAGCGCCACAUUUUUAUGCUUUCCUUGCCUAACAUUACUGAGGCAGCCAUUGAAAGAAAGCGGGAGUCUCUGAAGAAGUGUGUCUGGCUAGAAGCCUUUAAGGAUGGACUACUGGCCACCCUGUCUACCGAGGGCAUGUUCAGUGUCCAAGAUAUGGAGAAGCUGAAGGCAAGCUUAAACCACUUUCAAGUCAUGUUCGGAGUGGAUGAUUUAUCGCUGGAGCAUUUGGCUAAGGAUUUGCAAGCACCUGUGGAACAACUCAAGGCAAUCAUUAAAUCUCCCAAAUUGUUGGAAGCUAAAAAUGAAGAAACAAUGGAAAAACUUAUAGGAUUUGUGGAGAAAUUCUUUUCAAUUAAUGGAGGUCUGGUUGCUUCAGGAAUUUACUUUCAAAAAAUUUUUUAUUUGCAACUACAUUUUCUUGACACAGUGGCUGAAGAUGCUAAAGUUAUCCUUAAAGAGUCAAGUUCAAGAGGACACUCCAGAUAG